AUGGAAGACGACCGGGCAGCAACCAACCUUGGUCCAGAUGUGGAUCAAGGCAUAGCGGAGGAGUCACUGUCUGUGCCAAAACAACCAAAACGUCGCUUUGUGGGCAGAAAGACGGCAGAAAAGACAAGCGGGCAGCCAGUGGAUCCCAACGCCAACAUUGAGGACUCAAGCGCGAUACAAGUUGCCCAGCCUCGACGAACUGCUCGUGCUCUAAACGCCAUACCCGACGAUAUCAUUCACGACAACGAGAUCAACGAUGCCAUUGCGCUAUUGCCACCAAAUUACAACUUUGAAAUCCACAAAUGUAUACACCGAAUACGAACAUCGGGGGCCAAGUCGAUUGCCCUGCAAUUUCCCGAGGGGCUGCUGCUGUUUGCAACUACCAUAUCCGAUAUCCUCACGCGCUUUUGUCCAGGCACAAGCACAUUGAUCAUGGGCGAUGUCACGUACGGGGCUUGUUGCAUAGACGACUACACAGCACGCGCGCUCGGAUGCGACCUUCUGAUACACUAUGCGCAUAGCUGCCUGAUACCGGUCGCUGUGACCAAGAUUGCGACGCUGUACAUCUUCGUCUCCAUCACCAUCGAUACCCAGCACCUGAUCAACACGAUUACCGACAACUUUGCUGUGGGCAAGACAAUUGCACUAGUCGGAACCAUCCAGUUCAACGCAACCAUCCACGGUAUUGUGCCUAUACUGCAGAAGGAGGGAUACAACCCGUUUGUGCCGCAAAUUGCACCCUUGUCCAAGGGGGAAAUCCUUGGAUGCACAUCGCCUUCCAUGGCCAUGAAGGCAGGGGAGCUCGACGGCAGAGGCAGGGAACAGCAAGUGCCGGACCUGAUACUAUACCUCGGCGACGGACGGUUCCACCUCGAAAGCGCCAUGAUUGCCAACCCCCAAUUACCAGCAUACCGAUAUGAUCCAUACUCACGACGGCUGACGCAUGAAGUUUACGAGCACGAGUCUCUGUACAGUCUCCGGCGCAGCGCCAUCGUGACGGCUCGGAAAGCGCGCACUUGGGGCAUUAUCUUGGGUUCGCUAGGCCGACAAGGCAACCCGCACACAUUGACAUUGAUUGAAAACGAGCUAUCCAAGCAGAAUGUCAAAUGCGUUAGUCUACUCAUGUCUGAAAUCUUCCCUGGAAAGCUGGCCAUGAUGGGCGACGUGGAGGCGUGGGUGCAGAUUGCAUGUCCUAGACUCAGUAUCGAUUGGGGGUAUGCUUUUCCUAGACCGUUGCUGAGCCCGUACGAGGCGCUUGUAGCUCUAAGAGUAAGAGAAGCGCCGUGGCUGGAUGAAGAUGGAGGCCAGCGCGCAUCAGGAGAGAAAGUGCGGAGAAACCUCUAUCCCAUGGACUUUUACGCCUCAGAGGGAUUAGGGCGCACGACAGCGGAACACGUCAAGGCAGCAGAGGUUGCAAUCAAAGCAUGA